GCGCAGUCAAUUCAAGAACUGUAUCGAAAAGCAAGCGUGAACGAUUCCAAGUGUCGUGGAAAAAGGCACGCGAAUAGAAUGGAUAUUGACGCCGAUGAUGACGCACCGCGGAGGUCAGUUAUAUUGUCGCGUACAGACAUACCCGGCAUAUUUUCAUCUUGCGCUCAUAAAAUCGGCUGAUAUCUCGCACGCAAGAACAAGGUGCAUCCACACCGAAAGAAUGUAGCUUCACCAUACGGACGGAUUGGAUACGAGCAAGAAUUGACCGAGGGAGAAUUGACGUUUCUUCGAGUUCUGAUAAACACACCAUUUUUGUAGAACGCGAGAGAGGAGGCAGUCUCGUGCGAGUCGCAACGCCAAAGAGAAAUAUCAACGACACGAUAAUCAGCAGCAUCACCACCAGCGUCGUCAUCAUCAAGACGCAGACAUCAAGGACGUGUCGUCCAGAUUCUGUGCAUUGAUACAGCCAGCUUUGUACGUGCGUCUCGACAAGAUCUCGAGACUUGUGCAAACACAUUUUGUUGCCGGGUCCGAUUGAGAUCGAGUUAAACAACGCGAUUUAAAGACGCGAUUAACUUUACACAAUUUGCGCAAAUUUCACGAGAAGCAAGCGAUAUUGACAUUUGCAGGGAGAGCCCGAUGCGGCGGGUGACGAUGAUCGACGAGGAACGCGCGAGUGGCAAUUCAUCAAUUCUGCAGGAUGCUUCCUCGAGGACGAGAAUCGCGGGAUGCAACAUGAUAGCGGAUGAAGUGAAAGAUGAUACCGACUCGCGACAAGAGGAACUCACCGGAGAUCACGAAGAUUGUGUUGCAAAAGAUCUUGUGACGGGAUCAUGUUCGUGUUGUUGUUCGGAAACAGAUUCAAACCCAGCUCCAGCGGUCGAUGAUAAAAGAGACGUCAAGGAAGAACCGGCGCGUGAGAACACCCAGCAACAUUGUGAAGAUUCUACUCACGGUCGCCCGCCGAUGGUGGUUGCUGAUAACGCUGUAGCGAAUCCUCGUCGUGGAAGAGCAGCGACAACACGCGAGUUACGCGAUAGACUCCAGAGGGAAAAUCGUCGAUUUCUCGACGAUAUGGAGAAUAUAAUCGACUACUGCUGCGAAAAUGAGCCGCUUAUAACGAGUACGUAACAACAUGGAGCGCAAUGCAAUUUAGCAAGUACUGCAAUUUAUUUUAACUAUUAGAGGUAUAAACACAUGUCAAGCUUGACGUUCGCACGAGGUUUCUAAUUAAGGAUGUCUGAUCGAUAAUAAGAGAAAGAGUCUCGCAUUUCUCAUCUCCGUACCGCGAUAAUUAUUAUAAUCAA